CACAGUAGUCACAAUCAGUCCUUGCGCAUACUUCGCGGUAGAGAGGUGUUCGUCGCGUCCUGUCACUGUCGGCAUACUUCAAUGUAUUCGAGACAAGGAUUUUUUCGACCGGCGGUCUCUCGCGAGCCUUCUAAUCGCUAUCGCGGCUUCGAAAGCUUAGUGCUCUGAAACGCCGGUCGCGGAUUAGUGCGCGGAUUCAGUUUCGGUACAAGUGGCGGAAAGCUAGCAGUGAGAACGAGAGACCGGAGAGGGAGAGAGAGUGAGAGGAGGACGAAUGGUGUGCGGCCCGUGAUCGAUCCCACAGUGUGUCUCGUUAAGGUGUUUUUUUUUUCGCGAUUUCUCGUCGCUGAUCUCUAUUAUGUCGAUGAUCGCGUGUGUCGAUAAAUGGCUUUGACUCGUGGUGUGCUCGCAAACGACAGAACGCCCGCAACGAUGCUGCCGCAGACACCUGAUAUCAUCCCGACUACGCUCAACCAAGUUUAUCGUUCGUGGAAGGUGCGUGACGUACUUCGCGAGAGAAUUCUUGAGGUGGGCCUUAUCGAUUGUUUCGAAAGCCGAUGUUAAAUAAGGCAGGACCUUGUGUAGUCUCCGUUCAUGACGCUCCUCGUGGAAGAUACGUGACUGCAAUCGUGCGAAACCAAAAAUGCGUGAAGGCGCGAGCACUUUAUGACAAUAUUGCCGAGGCGCCCGACGAGCUGGCGUUUCGAAAAGGGGAUGUUCUCACUGUACUGGAACAAAAUACCGCUGGUCUUGAGGGAUGGUGGUUGUGCGCUCUGCGAGGUAGACAGGGCAUCUGUCCAGGAAAUCGAUUGAGACUUCUGGUUGGCCAAUACGAUACAGGGGGUUGUUUGGUCGGCAGCAGAGCCGACCUAACCAUUUCUGAGGACGGCAUACAAAGACAUGGGAAGAGACGUAGCUGGCACGUGCAGCCCAAUAGGGUUGUUACACCACAGAAAUGCGGAGACGUCUACCUGUACGACCUUCCAGCCAGCCGGGGAAGUCCUGCGCCGCCCUCCAGACACGACUCACCCCUCAACUCGACGAACAAUGAGCAUUCGCACAAUACAGGGCGAUACACCAACAGCAGUAACAGCGCGAGGAAUUCCGUCGACAACGGAGGCGAUGCGAACGAGUGUUAUGACGUACCGCCGCGCGCGAUCCCGGUGAUACCGUCGCCGGCGAGCAGCCCGAGCCCGGCCCCGUCGUGCUAUGACAUCCCGAGGCCGCCGACAUCCUGCACGCCUAACUCAAAUAGCUCCGGUGUCACGCCGCUGGAUUGCUACGACGUGCCGCGACCCCUGCAACCCCUCACGCCCAGCAGCUCGGCCUCCAGCCUCACCAAUGACGGAUCCCUCAGUGGCUCGAACAGAUCGAGUUUGGCCGCUCCGGAUUAUGAUGUACCUCGACCACGUCUUCCAGUAUCCUCGUUGCCGUCUCGACAUAACACUCCCGUACCGAACACUCCGACGCCCCCGCCACCCUCACAGCAAAUUUACGACGUACCAGUCAGCAAGGAGCUUCCGCUGGAGUUGGACUCCGCCCUGGAAGGCUUGCAGAGAUUGCAGAAUGAGGCGUCCGCCGCGAUAGCGAGGUUACUGGGUUUCGUGAGCCCUGGAUGGAGAACACCGCAACGAUUGGACGCCACUCUUAUGGACCUAAGACUGGCUGCUCUCAGACUCCGAACGUCUCUACACGAUCUAGCUGAAUUCGCGGAAGGUACGCUAGGCAAUGCAGGCAAAGCGCCGGAUAAAGGUCUAGCAACGAAAUUACGACCGCUAGUAAAAGCGCUUCGUGAUUCCGACAAGCUCGUGCAGGAAGCCGCUACUGAAUUGGACACGAUGGAAUGGGAUGCGAGCAAGCUCUGCCGCGGCGGUGGUGAUACACCAACACCUACUAACGGACCACCGCCUUCGUUGCUACCGCCUGUACAGCCGGAUCCCCUCGAUCAGCUGAUCGCGUGCGCUCGAGCGCUCACGGAAGACGUUCGUCAGGUUGCUAGUUUCAUUCAGGGAAAUUCCACGUUGCUUUUCAAACGAGCAUCGAUCAUUUCCACGGGCAGUAGCAAUAAUAGUGGCCCCGGGGAGGAUUACGACUACGUGAAUCUCGAUUCGCGAGAGGUCGUGGCGAAACAACGGGAGGAACUACGAGCUCUGCUACCGCAGGAGCUGCGCAGCAAUUACGAUCUGCUGGUAUCCGAGGCGGACAAUGCGGCGAUUCAGAUGCCACCCACGACACCGACGCCCAUGGACCCCAACGACAAGCAAUUGCUGGCCUUUUACGCUGCACAGGUGAUCACGCACGGAGCGCACUUGACUCACGCCAUCGACGCUUUUCUACAAACAGUCGAGCAUAAUCAACCACCCAAGGUUUUUCUGGCUCACGGUAAAUUUGUCGUGCUGAGUGCACACCGACUCGUGCACAUCGGCGACACGGUGCACCGAAACGUGACGCGCAACGACGUGCGUACACGCGUGUUGCAAUGUGCGAACGCCCUGAACGAAGCGCUCGCGCAAACCGUGCAGAAGACGAAGCAGGCCGCUCAAUUCUUCCCGAGUGUUACUGCGGUCCAGGAAAUGGUCGAUAGCGUCGUCGAUGUUUCACAUCUAGCUAAAGAUCUCAAAGUCGCCAUGAUACAGUCCGCUCAACAGCCUUGAAGAUCUUUAUCACAACACAGUCGCGUAACUACAAGUUCCUUGAAUUGAAAUGCAAUCUUUACGAUUGGUAGUUCUUUUUUUUUUCGUUAAACUCUGAGACUGCGGAAGAUUCAAACACAACGCAUCUUAGGGUUUUACACCUUGCGAUCAGAUUUGAUCGCAAUCGUUAGUAAUUCGAAGACAACGCUCGAGGAAUCAUGUUGAAUCUGUUGUUCACAUCUUUUUUGUCGAGAUUUUGAAACGUCGCUGAAAAUUCACAGCGCGUUCAUAGAAUGAAUAUUUUUUCCUGUAUAAAAAUGGAUCAAAAGUAUCUCAGGAAAUUUUCAAUGGAUGGUCCUUCAAGCGUUAUCUACGAGAUGUGAAUGGUUGAUGAUUGCUGUUAUCUCGAGCCAGCAUUAAAGAAUGCAAUGAGGAAUACGGUGAUAUUGAAGGCGCCUGAUAUUUUUAUCGAAAGAGAAAGAGCAUUAGCGCAAAAGAAGUUUGAUUGGAAUCCUGACGACAGUAUUUUUAACUCUAAACGGCGAAAUAAUCAAACAAGAUGUUCCGUAUGUAUGCUUCAAAAACCAAAUCCCCGGAUACUUACACACUUUAUGUGUACAGUACAGAGCUAAUUAUCCAUUUGCACUAUAAAAAAAUUGUGGCCUAAAAUAAGAACCUGCUACUGCCAAAGCUCCGAUAUUUAGAUCAUAAGAAACGAAAGAAACCUUGGAACGAGUGUCUUUGUAACGUACUCGAGAAUAUUAACAAUUGUAAUCUUUCAUAGAAAAUAUGUAGCCGUAUCGUUCAACUAGACAUUUCAGAUAGACGUGUUGAGUAUAACGAAGAGUUAUAAUAAUAGCUUUCUGGUACGUGCGAAGCAUUCCCGGAAUGGGCUUCCACGAAUUCGUGGUUUGAUAGACACUGUGAAGUCCAUAAUGAUCCAGGUUUCGGAAUGGAGCUCAUUUCGGAUACACGUCAACACGUACGCAGCUAAACGUGUUAGUAGUCUCAUAGAUGUACGUAUACAAUAUACAGUAGAACAUACAUGUAUACAUGACAAUGCGUAUUCAUAUCUCUCUUUUAGAGCUGAAUUCAUCGAUGUCGGUUAACUAUAAUCUUAGUUUCGCUGAUUCUUUAGAACUAGAUUAAAAAAACAAAAAAAAGAAUAAGCUACAGUUAACUGAUAUUGCUAUUUAAAGGAAAUGCGAAAGAUCGAUAUGAAUACCAAUGUUGAAUUGAGAAACAACCGCAUUUCUGUUUUUCUAGUUCGAUCGUAUGUGAAAAAUUGACACCAAGAGAGAGAAAAUUCAAUGCAGGGAAUAUACACCUUUUGGGAUAUCCUGCGUGCAGAGACGCACUUGUAUUACUUGUUACAAAUGAUUCUUUUGGAGGACAACUUUAAACGAAAAUUUUAUAUGAAGCUUUUACUACUGGGUUACGAAUUUUUCGGACACCCAGGCCUUUUUACCAGGUUCUUCCAUAACCAAAUUAGUCACGAGCGCACACCGUGAACCGCGAUCAGCGGCGGAUCAAAUGAAAUAUUGCCGUAAGAAUUUGAACGGCAACUAUGCAUACUCGCAAUUUUUUUUCCUUCUAUACCGAGGCCUUUUUUUAUAAACCGAAUUUUUAUAGAAUAUUUUAUUAACUUAGCACAGAUUCGAGACCUCCAUAAUAGAGACUGAUGCAAACAACGCAAAUAUUUAGAAAAAUAUUGCAAAAAUUAUGUUGUCAUUUUUUUUAAGUGUCUUGCAUUUCUAUCAUGUGAUAAGUCAAUCGUGGAAUUGCAUUUUUCUAAUUAUCUUAGCAAUCAAAACUAUCUUUUUUAUAUCUUAAUACACAAUUAUAAUUAAUAACUUUGCGUUAAAAUACUAUCAAAAGAUCAUAACUAGAUUAUCUUCAAAUGCAUAAUUCUCGAAGUCAGGAAUAUAUAUACAAUUUAAUUUGCGGCGCAAAUUGUUUCGUUGGCAUCUACAUGCAAAAGUGUACUUAAAAAUAACUUGCCAACUAGUAAGAUCCGCUCGACACAAUUCGCAAAACUAUUCAACUUAUUUUACUGCGCCUCGAUUAAAUAAUAGAGAUAUAAUUGUGUGACUGUGACGCGGUUAUACUUUUAGCCGUGUAUUAAAAUAUAAGCGGCUAUUUUGUUGCAGCUUUAAUGAUAACGAGCAUUUACUAAAAUUUUUAUUCCAUAAGGAUUUUUAUCUUUCGACAUUCUCAAUUACGAGAUCGAUUGUCGUAAUUAUUAUUGUGACGUAGCUGAAGUGAUUCUUUUCGCAGAUGCGACUUAUGACAUUGAUAUCCCAUAUAGCAUCCUAUGUCCAAAAGACAUUAACAGGACAUCCUGAAGAUGUCUAAUAGCCCAAAGAUAUCUUGAUAUCUUCAAGAUAUCUGGAUACCUUCUGGACAUCUUUUGGAUAUGCAUGCUAUAUGGGAUAUUCUACAGUUUAUUUUUUAGAAAUUAUAUAUCCAAGCAUAUCGCAUAUAGAGAAACGUUUAUACAUGAACCUCGUGACCUGUAUUAUAAUUUAUUAGCGAAGCGAUUUUUUUUGUAAUAUAAUAUACAUGUGACAGGCAGUUAUAUAGAAUCUAGAAUUGUAUAUUUCGAAGUUUACAUGAUAGUCGAUAGGUGCUUAUCUUUCGCGUUCAACUAUCGUAUAUUCAGGUAUAUCAUGGUCAUUAAGUAUUAAUAGUUUUUUUCUCUUUUUAACGCAGGCUAGCGAAUGUUAUUUUAUCCGUCAAAGAAAACACGAUCUAUCGUUUCUCUUUAAUUUCCCUUUUGUACAUUGUACCUGGAUGAUCCUUUCGCAGUAAUUGUAUAUUCUUGCGAUCAUAUAUUCGUUAAACAUAUACAUAUAUGCAACGGUAUUUCAUAUUAUUGUAAACAUAAGGAAUACUUAUUAUGCUACAAGCUACAUAUCGAGAGCGAUAAUUCUAAGAUUAAGAUAGAAAAAUUGAAGAAAAGAGAAAGAAACUCUCGAUAUAGCAUACGUGAUAUCGUUUUAGAGGAAUUUACUACAUCGAAAACUCGGUUUAAUGAAUCAUGCUUUCAGUAGUAUAGCACGGACAAUUCCUGCGUUUUGUCAUUGAAAAUUUCUUCGUUGAAUGCAAAGCCUGAGAUGCGUUAUGAACUAAAUAAUUGAUUUAUGUUACGUUAAGAACACCUUAUUUGUAUAUAUACAUAGAUAUAUAUUUAUACAUAUUAUAUAUUAUAUACACAUAAAUAUUCCUAUUACAAAAACGAAGUAUGUAUACACACACACACACACACACACACACACAUAUACACACACAUGCGCAAUAGUAUGUCUGAGAUGCAAUAGUGGAAUAAACCUGUUUGAAUAUUGUGCAAUGUCAAAAAUAAUUUUUAAGCCAAAAUAUGCUGAAAUAAUCAAGAAGUAUUAAAAAGAAAAUAUCUAUCGAGAGGAAUAUUCAUAGAUUGGAUUGUAAUAUAAGUCAGAAUGUGUAAACUGAAUCCACGUUUUCAAUACUAUAAAAUAUUUUUUUUCUGCUAUCCUUUUUUUUUUUUCAACUAUACUUCAACAUCCUGAAAGAUUAAUUUUGCAUAUUGGCGCAUUAUUUGUACAUUAUAGUUUCGUUCAUACAAUAAAGUCUCAAAAGAGAAAAAAAGAUCGUGAUAAAAAAUAUAGACAAUCUUUCCAGAAAAUUCUUUAUUCUUUAUGUUACAAUUUAUUAAUUUUUAUUACAUUUUGAUGUGUGAACGAAACUCACAAUAUAUAUCUAUGCAAUAUAAACUGUCAAUUGACAGAUACAACAGU